CGGGCCUUUGCCUAAAAUUUUGGCACCUGGGGAUGAUGGCUCGUGACUUCUCCAACUUGAAUGGUGAACAAAUUACUGUACUUCAAGCCCCACUGAUAUUAUAGUUAACAGCUUGGAGAGGUAAUUUGAAGUCUCCAUUCUAGGUAAACUGCCCUUUAAUUGGUCCCUAAAUAUAGCCAGCACAUUGCAGUCUCUGUAACUUUGUAUGUUUUCAAUUCUCCCUGCUGGAAUGUCCUUCCCUCUCCUCUGCCUAUUUGAAUCAUACCAGAUCUCCAAAGACCUACAUAAAACUAGCCUUUUUUGAAUGCGCUAUAGCUGCCCCUGGCCUGCAGUGGCCUCUUAACUCAGGGUAUUUCUUGCUUGAGCUAUAAAUUGGAUACUCAACACUUGCUGCCUUAUAUGGCUACCAUUUCUUAGCUACUGUUUAUUAAAUUAGAUUCCAGGCAAGGCCCUUCUUCCAGUCCUUUUAUCCCCCAAGCUUUUCCUCUUACCUUGAAAAGGGAAGAACAGGACCUUUCACUAAAGACAUUAGUAUUUGUAGGUUGACUGAUACCUGGGGGCUAAUUUACUAAUGAGUAAAACCAAAGGGGAAAAAAUUAAAACUCAGAAAAGGAUAGAAGUUAGGGGCUUCCACACCUGAGUCUGUCAAAUGUUACCCCAUCCCACUGGGAAACUAAAUCCUAUCUUAAACUAUCACCUUCCCCCUGAAGAUUUUCCUGAUUUCCCAUUCUCACUGAGCACUUCUUGUGUACUGGGUAUUGUUCUGAGUGCUUCCAGUGAAUUAGUUCAUUCAGCUCUCAUAGCAUUCUUAUGGGGUACAUACAAUUAGCAUCUCCAUCUUAUAGAUGAGGGUUAGAAAAGGUUAAUUAACUUUUCUAAGAUUCACACAGGUUUUACAAAUAGAAUCUGUGGGCAAACCCAGGCAGCCUGAUUCUAAGCCCAUCUUUGUUGCCAACACCUCGUGUCUCCCCAGUCUCAGGCUUUCCCGGGGCCCUUCUCUUGUUUCUUAGUCCUAUCCUGAGAUGGCAGUGGAGGUAAGGGAAAUUUCUGCUUGAUUUUUUAUAUAUUCUCUUUACUUAAAUUCCCUCGUGAUUACCUAAUGGUACACAUUUAACUAGGAUGAGUCCAUCUUCUCUUGUUUUUAUCUGUAUGUAUUUAUUUACCCAUAAAGAUAACUUUUCACACUGAAAUUUGAGUGAUUAGCCAAGAAACAUAAUGCAAACAGUUUUUGCAUGUGCAAGCCAUCUCUGUUUCUCAGUAGGCUGAAAACCACAAUAUAUUGCUUCCUCUUUAUCUCUGUAGAGCAAGCACAGUAUUUGUCACUCAGCAUCAGAACUUCAGUAACGCUACCCAGAAAAGUCUGUGCUGGUCCAAAUGGCACACAUCCCACAAGUGGCGUCUUUCUUUCUCUUUCUGACUAAGCUCAGCAUUGGCCAGAGAGAAGUAACUGUUCAGAAAGGACCGCUGUUUAGAGCCGAAGGUUACCCUGUCAGCAUUGGCUGCAGUGUAACUGGCCACCAGGGACCUUCUGAGCAGCAUUUCCAGUGGUCUGUUUACCUGCCAGCAGUCCCCACUCGAGAAGUCCGGAUCAUUAGCACCAUGGAUGCCACCUUCUCUUAUGCAGUGUAUGCGCAGCGGGUGCAAAGCAGGGGAAUCUACAUGGAGAGGGUUCAGGGCAACUCUGUCUUGUUGCACAUCUCAAAGCUCCAAAUGAAGGAUUCUGGCGAGUAUGAGUGUCACACACCAAGCACUGAUGAAAAAUACUAUGGGAGUUACAGUGCGAAGACCAAUCUAACUGUCAUUGCAGAUACCCUGUCUGCCUCCAUGAGUCCCCAGACCCUCACUAAGGAGGAAGGAGAGCCGUUGGAGCUUACCUGUGAGGCGGCCAAAGCCACAGCUCAGCACACCCACCUCUCUGUCACCUGGUACCUGGUGCAGGAUGGAGAAAAAAGCCACGCCGUCAAGAUUAUUUCCCUCUCAAGAGAUUUUAUGUUGGUCCCUGGGCCCUCGUAUGCAGAGAGGUUUGUAGCUGGUGAUGUGCGACUCGAUAAGCUUGGGGUCACCACCUUCAGGCUGUUCAUAGGGAGGCUCCGGCCCUCAGAUCAAGGUCAGCUGUUCUGUGAGGCAACUGAGUGGAUUCAGGAUCCAGAUGAAACCUGGACUUUGAUCACAAAAAAGCAGACAGAUGAAACAGCCCUGAGGAUCCAGCUGGCGGUGAAAGAUUUUCAAGUUAACAUCAUAGCUGAGAGCGCAUUUACUGAAGGGAAUCCCUUAGAACUGCUUUGCCUGGUGGUAGGCAGUAACCAGGCCCCUCAGUUGCAGGGCGUUUGGUUCUUCAACGGUGUUGAAAUGGCCCACAUUGAUGCUGAUGGAGUUCUGAACCUGAAGGAAGACUACAAGGAGAAAGCAAGUCAAGGACGGCUCCAGGUUUCAAAGUUAAGCCCCAAGACUUUCUCUCUCAAGAUCUUCUCUGCAGGCCCAGAGGAGGAAGGUGUUUACAGAUGUGCAGUGGCUGAGGUGACAAGAACUCAGAUGGGCUCCUGGCAGGUGCUUCAGAGAAAGCAGUCACCAGACAGCCACAUGCAUCUAAGGAGGCUGGCAGUGAGAAGUGUGAUUGUGUCUACCAAGAACAAGCAGCAGGCAGUGUGGGAAGGAGAGGCCUUAACCCUUCUCUGCCAGGCAGAUGGAGAUGAAAGUCUUUUGUUUGUGAACUGGUGGCACAUCCCCCAUGGCCAGACCCAGCCAGAGUUUGUGGCUGGUAUGAAGCCGGAUGGCACAGUGCGGCUCGGCGCUUCCUAUGGGGAGCUCAGUGACCAUGGCAACGCAAGGCUGGAGAAAAUGGACUGGGCCACCUUCCAGCUGGAGAUCUUCUCUGCCACCAUUGCGGACAGUGGCACCUAUGAGUGCAGGGUGUCUGAGAGGACCUGGAACCAGGCCACAGAUCUGAGCUGGACUCAGAAGAUGUCGGUCACUGUAAAAUCUCUGGAGUCAAGUUUACAAGUUCAUCUGAUGAGCCGUCAACCACAAGUGAAAUUAACCAACACCUUUGACCUGUCUUGCCUUGUCAGGGCUGGCUUCUCUGACCUCAGGGUGCCACUCACUGUGACAUGGCAGUUCCAGCCAGCCAGAUCGCAAGUCUUCCAUCAGCUUAUUCGAAUCACCUAUAAUGGCACCAUUGAAUGGGGGGAUUUGCUAUCCCAGUUCCAAAAGAAGACGAAAGUUUCACGGUCUUCAUUUCAUUCUUACCUCCUAAUCCAUGAUGCCACUGAGGAAGAAGCGGGACUUUACCAGUGUAAAGUUGAAGUUUAUGACAGAAGGUCCCUGUGCACACAUGGCCCGGUGCGGGCUCUUGCCAUCUCUCACCCUCUCAGGAUAAACAUCACUUUACCAGAGAGCAAGCUAAAAGUGAAUUCAAGCCGUCAAGUCCAAGAACUCUCCAUCAACUCCAACACUGACAUAGAAUGUAGUAUCUUGUGCCAGUCCACUGGAAACCUUCAGUUAUCCAUUAUUUGGUACUUCUCUCCUAUUUCCACUAAUGCAUCCUGGCUGAGGAUCCUGGAAAUAGACCAAGCCAAUGUUGUAAAAUAUGGGGAUGAAUUUCACACUCCACAAAGAAAACAAAAAUUCCACAUGGAGAAAGUUUCCCAAGACUUGUUUCAGCUACACAUUCUGAAUGUGGAAGACAGAGAUCAGGGCAAAUAUCACUGCGCCGUAGAGGAAUGGCUCUCAUCUACCAAUGGCACUUGGCACAAGCUUGGAGAAAAGAUGUCAGGUGUCACAGAAUUGAAACUCAGGCCGACAGGAAGUAAGGUACGUGUCUCCAAAGUGUACUGGACAGAAAAUGCUACUGAGCACAGAGAGGUGGACUUCUGCUGCAGGCUGGAGAGUUCCGGCAGCUCAGCCUCCCUUUUCUCUGUGAUAUGGUACUGGAACAGAGAAAAUUCUGGAAGCAAAAUGUUGGUGCACCUACAACAUGAUGGCUUGCUGGAGUACGGUGAAGAGGGGCUCAGCAGACGCCUGCACUGUUACCAUUCAUCUCCUACAGACUUUGUCCUGAAGCUUCGUCAGGUGGAGAUGGAGGAUGCUGGCAUGUACUGGUGCAAGGUGACAGAGUGGCAGCUGCAUGGCAACCCAAGCAAGUGGGUCAACCAAGCAUCCGAUGAGUCCCAGCCUAUGGUGCUCACAGUGCUGCCUUCAGAGCCCACAUUUCCUUCCCGGAUCUGCUCAUCAGCACCUUUACUCUAUUUCCUGAUCAUCUGCCCCUGCAUUAUGUUCAUUCUUUUGCUCAUUUCCCUCCUCUGCUUAUACUGGAAGACCAGGAAGUUGUCAACCCUGAGUCUGAAUGCACGGAGAGAAAAGGCUCUCUGGGUGGACUUGAAAGGUACUGGAGACAGGCCCACAAACAGGAGGGAAGAGGAGGAGGAAGAAGAUGACCACUGAGUCCUGAGAGGUGCCUGCUGCCCCAUGAAUGAGCUCGGGUUUGCAAUUGGACAGGCCCGGAUGUGAAUCUACCUGUGGCCUCGGGCAAGUUUCCUAGGAGUCAGAUGGAACAUCUGCUGAGUGUGUAUGCAGUUCCUGGCACUGUGACGUGUUUCUCUGUGGAUUACUUCAUCUACCCCUCCAGUUCCCCCAUGAACUAGAAGACACUAUUACCCCGUUUUACACUGGCCACACCUUACAGAGGUUCAGGGCCCCUAUCUGUAUGGAGAGAAGUGCCCACCUCAAGCAGCCUCUUGGCAGUUAAAGGCCCUCCUGAGGCAAAGCCAGGGUAGGCUUCCCUCUGCUCUCCACUCUUAUGUCACUGGCUCCCUGGAAACAUUCGCAGACGUCCAGUCACACUGGCUCUUAAGUAAUCUUUUGCCUCCACAUAAGAGGUGGAAGUAGGGGCCUGAUGUCAGGGCAAAAGGAAGUGGGAACAUGUCCAUCACUUACAUGAAAUCUGCAACCCGACAAGGAUGUGACUUCCUUCAAGGCAGAAAUCCCAUUGUUUUCCUCCAUCCCAUCUAUAAAUGCCACUUAUACUAGGUGCUUAAUCAGUAUUGGUUCUUGGAUGAAAUGGUAACAUAUUCUGUAGCCUGGUUUCUUUUUUUCCUUUUCUCUUUAAGACUUAUUACGGCAUUGCUAAGGAAUUUUUUUUUUUUUAAUUUCAUAGCAAUGCUCCAGUCAAGCCCCCAAGGCUUUCUGUCUCCCCUUCCCCCUGUCUCCUGGUUCUUAGCCUUAUUUGGCCUGACAGCCCCAGGUGGUAGGAAAGGCUGUUGUGGCUGUUAUUUGAGGGAGAAGGGAUGAACAGUGCACCACCCUCUCCUGCUCCAGCAGAGACUGAGUGCCGGGGGAGCCGUGGCUCAAGUCCAAUUUCUCAGGAUCCCCUAUUCUCAACCAGAAGUCUGGGGUAGAGCUGGGGAAUGUCAUGGCUGAAGGCUUUCACAACCUGUCUUCUUGCAGAUUUCUUGUAACAACUGUGCCCACUGGGCCUGAGGUCUCCUUUGUUUCAAAAGCUGCUCAGGCCCUGUUGUAGCCAGAAUUGGAAAUCAAUCAGUGCCACCUAACAGACUUGAGAAAACACAUCUAUUUAUUGUCUAUGUGACCAACAAGGUUGCUUUAGCACUCGGUCAUUUGCAUUUCCAGGGAGAGCAAUUUAUUUUUAAUUAUUUUAUCAGGUGUACAUGUCCUCUGCAAACAUAAUUAGUUCCUUUGCGAGGUGAUUAUUGGUGGCUAUGAGAACUCCCACUGUAGACCUACCAGUCCCUUAAAUUCAUCUCCCUUUAUAGCCUCAUUUGAAAUAUUUCAAAUGUUUCCUUAAACAUGUCAACACAUUUGUUUCUUCUCUCUGGUAAAGGAGCAUAUUUUUCAUAAACAAAGCUAAAGUUAAGACUUCUUAGAAAGUAUGAUAUUCUCCACACACACACCCUUUGCCACUUUUUCCAGAAACCUGCAUUUUAAUUGGGAUAUUAAAGGGAAAGAGAGCAGAACUGAGUCCUAUCAGAGAAUCAGAGCAGUUCUGGUGCCGCCCCUGCCGGGGGUACUGUCCCACAACCCCUCUUCUCUCUCUUCACCCCCGCCUUUCAGCUCUUAGCUCAAAUACCAGUUCUUCACAUUUGAAUCCAGCACAGAGACUGCACAGAGCAGACACUCCAAUAUCUACCUGCUGCUCCACCCAAGCAGAGCGUAGGAGUGAUUAUUCCCCAGCGAACACCUCCUGCGUGUCUGUGUUGGGGUGGGUGUGACAGAGCAGUGGUGACUCAGGCAGACACAGACCCGCUCCCCUGCGAUCAUCACCUUGUUUGCUCUGGGUGCUCUGCCUUCAUUAAUGAAAUCUAGAACCAUGUUAGAUUUUUUUAAGAAACCACAUCGUGCUGUUUGGCCCAGAAAUAACUAUUUUUUCCUUCUCACACUUCUAGAAUAAAAUGUGUUUGUGCUCAAUUCA